AUGCAUAGGAGGAGCCACACUGGUGAAAAACCUUUCAUCUGCUCAGUUUGUAGUCAAGGAUUCAGUCAUAAGAGUGCCUUAAAAGUACAAACAAGAACCCACACUGGUGAAAAACCUUUUUCCUGCUCAGUGUGUGGAAAAAGAUUCACUCAGAAGAGCGACCUAAACAAACACACAAGAACCCACACUGGUGAAAAACCUUUUUCCUGCUCAGUUUGUUGUCAAAGAUUCACUCAGAAGAGCGCUCUAAACACACACACAAGAACCCACACUGGUGAAAAACCUUUUUCCUGCUCAGUUUGUUGUCAAAGAUUCACUCAGAAGAGCGCUCUAAACACACACACAAGAACCCACACUGGUGAAAAACCUUUUUCCUGCUCAGUUUGUUGUCAAAGAUUCACUCAGAAGAGCGCUCUAAACACACACACAAGAACCCACACUGGUGAAAAACCUUUUUCCUGCUCAGUUUGUGGAAAAAGAUUUUCUCGAAUUCACCACCUAAAAGUACACACAAGAACCCACACUGGUGAAAAACCCUUUUCCUGCUCAGUUUGUGGAAAAAGAUUCACUCUACUUCACCACCUAAAAGUACACACAAGAACCCACACUGGUGAAAAACCUUUUUCCUGCUCAGUUUGUGGUCAAGGAUUUACUCAACUUCACCACCUAAAAGUACACACAAGAACCCACACUGGUGAAAACCCCUUUUCCUGCUCAGUUUGUGGAAAAAGAUUCACUCAGAAGAGCGCCCUAAACACACACACAAGAACCCACACUGGUGAAAAACCUUUUUCCUGCUCAGUUUGUGGUCGAUGUUUCACUGCAAAGAGAACCUUACAAAUACACACAAGAACCCACACUGGCGAAAAACCUUUUUCCUGCUCAGUGUGUGGAAAAAGAUUCACUCACAAGAGCAGCCUAAACAAACACACAAGAACCCACACUGGUAAAAAACCUUUUUCCUGCUCAGUUUGUGGAAAAAGAUUCACUCUACUUCACCACCUAAAAGUACACACAAGAACCCACACUGGUGAAAAACCUUUUUCCUGCUCAGUUUGUGGUCAAGGAUUUACUCAACUUCACCACCUAAAAGUACACACAAGAACCCACACUGGUGAAAACCCCUUUUCCUGCUCAGUUUGUGGAAAAAGAUUCACUCAGAAGAGCGCCCUAAACACACACACAAGAACCCACACUGGUGAAAAACCUUUUUCCUGCUCAGUUUGUGGUCGAUGUUUCACUGCAAAGAGAACCUUACAAAUACACACAAGAACCCACACUGGCGAAAAACCUUUUUCCUGCUCAGUGUGUGGAAAAAGAUUCACUCACAAGAGCAGCCUAAACAAACACACAAGAACCCACACUGGUAAAAAACCUUUUUCCUGCUCAGUUUGUGGUCGAUGUUUCACUGCAAAGAAAACCUUACAAAUACACACAAGAACCCACACUGAUGAAAAACCUUUUUCCUGCUCUGUUUGUGGUCAAAAAUUCGCUCGUAAUGAUCUGAUUAAAAGACACGUGUGUAUUGGUGUGAGAAGCAGUGGCCAAUGA